AAAACGUUGCACGCACGGUGCAAGUCUCUCAGUUUGCCUGUUCAGUAAAGGUCGCUGUGACCGAGGUUGAGCAUCUUUAAUCCCGCUGUCAUGCUGUCGCUAGCCGCUCGCUCUGGGGCUUUUUCCCCGUACCUGCAAGCCACUUCAUAUGUCGUGGCCGGGCAGCUGAAACCCCUUGUCCCUGGAGUGGUUGUUAAUACCGGAAAGGUGCUGACGGACGUGAAGAAACCUUUCCUUUGCCGGGAGUCCUUGAGCGGGCAAAGCCCGAAGACCGGCCCAGCAGUGUCUGCCAGCAUUAAUGGUGCUGCCAGUGUUCGUUUUGCACAUAGUGACAUCAGAGUACCCGAUUUCUCCGAUUACAGACGACCUGAGGUACAGAAUCCUAACAAGUCAUCGCAGGAUAGCAGUGACGGUAGGAAGGGAUUCUCCUACCUGCUUACUGGAGCAACGGUUGUCGUGUCUGCCUAUGCUGCCAAGACUGUGGUCUCCCAGUUCAUCUCCACUAUGAGUGCUUCUGCUGACGUCUUGGCACUGUCGCAAAUUGAAAUCAAACUGUCUGAUAUUCCAGAGGGCAAGAACGUGACCUUCAAAUGGAGAGGGAAGCCUCUCUUUGUCCGUCACAGAACCCCAAAGGAGAUCGAGGUGGAAGCAGGUGUGAACAUGGCUGAGCUGCGGGACCCACAGCAUGACUUGGACAGAGUUAAGAAACCCAAGUGGAUGAUUGUGCUUGGCGUCUGUACUCACCUUGGUUGUGUGCCCAUUGCUAAUGCAGGUGAUUAUGGUGGCUACUAUUGCCCCUGCCAUGGCUCCCAUUAUGAUUCAUCUGGAAGAAUAAGAAAGGGCCCAGCACCUGCCAAUCUGGAGGUGCCAUUUUAUGAAUUCCCUGAUGAGGAUACAGUUAUUGUUGGUUAGAGUGGGGAAUUUUAUCUUGUUUCCUUCCCCCUUAAUACAUGUAGCCUAUUCUUUUGUGGAAGGCUUCUUUUGAACUGAAUUGAUUUUGCCAUCUGUUGAUCCUAAUGUGUAUCAGUACAUUGGGAUAUACUUUAAGAUUGUAAGUAAUAAAUGUACAUUUUACCUCAUCAGAUAAACUCUUGUGUCAAUUGAUUUAAUCAGUCUUUCGUGCUUGUUGCACCUUUCCUCAAACAAUAUAAUCUGAUAUUUAUAUCUGAAUAGAGUUUGGUCAUUCUAGUUUGGAUUUGUUUAAUUGCUGUGCACAUAACUUAAUAAAACUGAAUAUUCUUCUGAAUGUUGUGGUUAAAAUAACUAAAUUGUUGGGAUUUAUUUUAGGAAUGAGGUUCCAGUGCCAGACAUGUAUGCAACUAGAGUUUUUAGUAUAGAUUUAAUAAUUUGGCUUUACACUGAAAUAAAGUUUGGACUUGAAGAAAAAAAUUAA